CACGCAGCCCCGCGGCCUGGCGCAGGCCGGCCCGGCGGCCCAGGGCCCCGCAGUGCCGCAGCGAGCGGCUUGUAAACAGAUCCGGCCGCACGUGACCAUGUGAACUACCUGCUCGGGGCCGCGUAUUGUCUCUUCAGAGGAUCGCACCACAAAGGAGCCGCUCGGUGGGAGAGCGGCCGUAGCGCUAAGAUGGCUGAAGGCGCCCGGCGAGGGUGAGCCGGGGGCGCGGCCACGGCGGGGACUCGGCCGGGCGGCCCCCCUCGGCCGGGAACUGGAGCUACCAUGUCGUUCGCGCUGGAGGAGACGCUCGAGUCCGACUGGGUGGCGGUGCGGCCCCAUGUAUUCGACGAGCGCGAGAAGCACAAGUUCGUGUUCAUUGUGGCCUGGAACGAGAUCGAAGGCAAGUUUGCCAUAACCUGCCACAACCGGACGGCCCAGAGGCAGAGGAGCGGUUCCCGGGAACAGGCGGGCACUCCCGCGCCUGACGGGAGCCGCGGGCCCGGCAGCCCGGCGACCAGGGGUCGGCCCGAGGCCGCUACCUCUGCCACGGCGCUCCGGAGCCCCGGGCCGCGGAAGAGCCCGGCCUGGGCCGAGGGUGGCUCUCCGCGCAGGGCGCGCAGCGCGAGAGGGGAUCCCGUCCGGGGUCCGGCGGGCAAAGGACCCGAGAGUCCCCUCCGGAGCCCCGCGCGGGCCAAGGCCAGCCCGCUCCGCAGAAGCGCGGAGUCCCGACAUGCGGCCGCCGUUGCCCCGCCGGCGCCCCGGGUGUCGUCGGUGCGGGUGGUGAGUGCCUCCGGGGCGGUCUCCGAGGAGAUCGAGGUGCUGGAAAUGGUGAGGGAGGACGAGGCGCCACCGCCGCUCCCCGACUCGGAGCCGCCGCCGCCCGCCGCGGAGCUGGAGUCCCCGGCUGAAGAGUGCAGCUGGGCCGGGCUCUUCUCCUUCCAGGAUCUGCGGGCCGUGCACCAGCAGCUGUGCUCCGUGAACUCCCAGCUAGAACCGUGUCUGCCGGUGUUCCCCGAAGAGCCGUCCGGCAUGUGGACGGUGCUGUUCGGGGGCGCCCCGGAGAUGACCGAGCAGGAGAUCGACGCUCUGUGUUACCAGCUGCAGGUCUACCUGGGCCACGGCCUGGACACGUGCGGCUGGAAGAUCCUCUCCCAGGUGCUUUUCACCGAGACCGAUGACCCCGAGGAGUAUUACGAGAGCCUCAGCGAGCUGAGGCAGAAGGGUUACGAAGAGGUGCUUCAGCGAGCAAGGAAGCGCAUCCAGGAGCUCUUGGACAAGCACAAGACUAUAGAGAGCAUGGUGGAGCUUUUGGACUUGUAUCAGAUGGAGGAUGAGGCCUACAGCAGCCUUGCAGAGGCUACAACUGAACUCUACCAGUAUUUACUUCAGCCAUUCCGAGACAUGCGAGAGCUCGCCAUGCUGCGAAGGCAGCAGAUCAAGAUUUCCAUGGAGAAUGAUUAUCUGGGACCUCGAAGAAUUGAGAGUCUACAAAAAGAAGAUGCUGACUGGCAGCGGAAAGCUCACAUGGCUGUAUUGUCUAUUCAGGAUCUCACUGUCAAAUAUUUUGAAAUAACAGCUAAAGCUCAGAAAGCUGUGUAUGAUCGGAUGCGAGCAGAUCAGAAGAAAUUUGGCAAAGCAUCAUGGGCAGCAGCUGCAGAACGCAUGGAAAAACUCCAGUAUGCAGUUUCUAAGGAGACUUUGCAGAUGAUGAGGGCUAAAGAGAUUUGUCUGGAACAGAAGAAACAUGCACUAAAGGAAGAGAUGCAAAGUUUACAGGGCGGUACAGAAGCUAUAGCUCAGUUGGAUCAGCUAGAGGCUGAUUAUUAUGAUCUGCAGCUUCAGUUGUAUGAAGUACAGUUUGAAAUCCUGAAGUGUGAAGAGUUACUAUUGACUGCACAACUGGAGAGCAUCAAAAGACUCAUAUCAGAAAAGAGAGAUGAAGUGGUAUACUAUGACACUUACGAAAGCAUGGAAGCCAUGCUGGAGAAGGAAGAGAUGGUGGCAUCUGUGCAUGCACAGAGGGAGGAGCUCCAGAAACUGCAGCAGAAGGCACGGCAGCUGGAAGCAAGAAGGGGGCGUGUCUCAGCCAAGAAAGCCUACCUCAGAAAUAAAAAGGAAAUUUGUAUUGCAAAACAUAACGAAAAGUUCCAGCAGCGUUUUCAGAGUGAAGAUGAGUAUAAAGCCCAUCACACAGCACAAUUAAAGAGAGAAAAAUUACAUGAUGAAGAGGAAAGAAAAAGUGCCUGGGUUAGCCAAGAGAGGCAAAGGACCCUCGAUAGACUCCGAACAUUUAAGCAGAGGUACCCUGGGCAGGUCACCCUUAAAUCAACUAGACUAAGAGCGGCUCAUGCCAGAAGAAGAAGUCCAGCAAGUCCCGUGCCCUGUGAUCAGCAGUGUGCCUCUCUAGUAGGAGCUCUGCAAGGAGAGGAGAAGACAGAGGUUGGGGAAGAAAGAAGCCAGCUCCAGUCUUCAGAGGCAGCAGAGCCCCGGAGCCUUGUCCAUCCUGAAGACACUUCGUCAGUACAACUUGAAGCCACUUCAUUACCUCCCAAUGCUGUUACCUCUGAACCGCCUCCCCCUUCAUCGCUUCCACUUUUGACUAGUAAUGACCUCAAACCAUGCUCUGCUACAGUGGAUCCACCCCUGCCCCCUCUUCCUCCAACACCUCCCCCUCCCCCUCCACUGCCUCCACCCCCACCACCACCCCUGCCUGUUGCAAAGGACAAUGGUGCCACCACCACUUCAGAGACCCUGGAGAAAGAGAUGCUUAGACAGGAGGGCAGUGAGAAGAGGAUCCCAAAGUCAGCCAGCGCCCCAUCAGCACAGCUCUUUGAUAGCAGCCAGCUGGUCAGCGCCCGGAAGAAGCUGAGAAAGACUGCUGAAGGGUUACAGAGGAGGAGAGUGAGUUCACCCAUGGAUGAGGUGUUAGCAUCCUUGAAACGUGGUAGUUUUCAUCUGAAAAAAGUUGAACAGCGGACUCUGCCUCCUUUCCCUGAUGAAGAUGAUAGUAAUAACAUCUUGGCGCAGAUAAGGAAAGGGGUGAAAUUGAAGAAGGUUCAGAAGGAGGUUUUGAGAGAAUCCUUCACACUCCUGCCUGACACAGACCCUUUGACUCGGAGCAUCCAUGAAGCGCUAAGAAGAAUUAAAGAGGCCUCCCCAGAGUCGGAGGAGGAAGAGGAAGCUUUACCUUGCACAGACUGGGAAAACUAGCA